AAAUAACCGAAAGCUUAUCAUUUAUCAAAGCGAAUAAAAUCCUAGAUUUGUGGUCAGAAUUCGAGUAUGUUAAGUUACUUCCGGAAACAGCUGGAUUUGUCAGAAUAGAAAGGAAACAGAAGUGGAUUUGUUCUUGUGUUUGGAGUUAAGACUAAAGAUGAAGGAUUUUAGGCGUAAUCCAAAUGUAGAAACCAGUUCAUUUUAUAAGAAGCUUUUUUAUUAUUGUUAAUGCUAUUAUUACAAUAAUUAUUUGAUCAGUCAGUGACAGUUGCCACAUACAGGAUGAGGAAGUGCAGUAAACUGCAGGACUAAAUAUUAUUAUUUCUGGUUUUGCUCUGUGCUGCUGCUUCACACACAUGAGAGGAAAGCACACAUCAUGACCACCAUGGCUGAAGGUGAGGGGGCUAAAACAGGACGUGAGGAUGUCCUGGAGCGCUACGUGACUUUCUACAGCCGUCCAUGGAGUGAGGGCAGAAUGAUGGUGUGUAAAGAUGCACAGCUAAUGGACCAGGCCAGGCAGGUGGUGUUUACCCAGUGUGAAGCAGCUCACACAUUCACACUUCUGCCAUUUUACCCAACUGUGAUCGACAUCAUCAACACAAACACCAACAUCAACAUAAGCCCCACCAGUGUGCUUCAGCGCCUGAGCAAAGCCUUCGAGGUGCUCGAGCUGUUCUGCGUCAACCUGUUCCUCUUUCCUUGGAAAAAAGAGUUUAAAACACUGAAGAAAUUCACUGGUCAUUUUGUUUACUACAUCAAAGCAGUUCUGCCACUGCACACAACUUGGAGUAUUCUCCAAAGCAUCGGUUAUGAUUCUGAAACUGACACUGAGUAUAAAAUCUCUGACAACCCAGACCCAAAACAGGCUAAGGAAAUGGGCUUUGAUCUUUUUCUUGCCCGGAUUGAAUGUGAACAUCUGAUUCAGAUAACAAGCCAGACAUCUCAUGCUGAAUGCCUGGAGAUAAUAAAAAAACGACAUUCUGCCGUGACUCCUCAGGAGGAACCGGAGCUCAUUAACACCCCAAACGGGGUUCUGGAGGAAGAUGGAGAACCAAAAACCAACUUACUUUUAAAUCCUGAACCUAGUUUAAAACCAGUAGAUCAGGAAAUAAACCAGCAUCAAACCUCAGAGCGUGGAUCAUUCCUUAGUGAAGAUAAGUCUAUCCUGGAGAUGCAGAAGGAUUACCCAGAUCUCACAUUUAGACAGCGGCCCAUCUUUAAAACCUCGUCUGCCAGGGGGAAGCACCCCCAAGAAAAAGACAUGAAGCUCAGCCGUGAAAUGAGCAGCUCUCAGUCCAUCGCAAAAAACACUGAAGUUUCAAAAUUUGCUCUAGAACCUAAUUCCUCAGUAGAAAAGCAGCUACAUGUUGGAGCCGAGUCACACAUUUCGGGGAUAAACCGCAAUGAGGACGGCUCCCUGGGAGACCUUGCUGAGAAGAUGGACAAGCUGAAGCUGAUAGAGUUCCCUGGCGAGGAGCCUCUAAAGUGUCCGAUAGAGGAGACAGCACAGGGUGAUAAGAACGAGAAAAUCCCAAUCCUCUGCAGCCCCUCACACGAAUCCAUCUGUAACAUCACUGACUGCAGCAGCUGUUCUUCCUCAGAACAACUCCAGCAGCAUCACAACAUCACAGAGCCACCACAGUCCUUUUACAUCCCCAACCGUGUGAGCAGUUCUGCUAUUGAGCCCCAUGUAGAGCAUGAGGAGAACAACUAUGUAUGCUGCAAAGCAGGAGCUGACCCUGUUCUUCACCACACACCAGAGAUCUGAGGAUCCUGAUCAUCAGAACAAACUGGCUUACUUCUACAAAUCACACACACACACAAUAAUUCUUAACACUGUGAUAGUCACUCAGGUCAAAGUGUGCUUUAUACAUUGAAUGUAAGUCAUGCUAGGAUGAUUUCUUUAAGACAAGUUGAAAUAACAAAUUAUUAUUUUAAAGAGCAUGUUUUUAGGGUAGUGGUAGCUCAGUGGUUUAGGUGCUGGGUUACUGAUCGGAUGGUUGGGGGUUCAAGCCCCGGUAUCACCAAGCUGCCACUCUUGG